AUGGAAAAAAUAAACAACGUAACUGAAUUCAUUUUCUGGGGUCUUUCUCAGAGCCCAGAGAUUGAGAAAGUUUGUUUUGUGGUGUUUUCUGUCUUCUACAUAAUCAUUCUUCUGGGAAAUCUCCUCAUCAUGCUGACAGUUUGCCUGAACAAUCUGUUUAAGUCACCCAUGUAUUUCUUUCUCAGCUUCUUGUCUUUGGUGGACAUUUGUUACUCUUCAGUCACAGCUCCCAAGAUGAUUGUUGACCUGUUAGCAAAGGACAAAACCAUCUCCUAUGUGGGGUGCAUGUUGCAGCUCUUUGGAGUACAUUUCUUUGGUUGCACUGAGAUCUUCAUCCUCACUGUGAUGGCCUAUGAUCGCUAUAUGGCUAUCUGUAAACCCCUACAUUAUACGACUAUCAUGGACCAGGAGAGAUGCAAUAAGAUGUUAUUAGGGACAUGGGUAGGUGGGUUCUUACACUCCAUUAUCCAAGUGGCUCUGGUAGUCCAGCUACCCUUUUGUGGACCCAAUGAGAUAGAUCACUACUUUUGUGAUGUUCAUCCUGUGUUGAAACUUGCCUGCACAGACACGUACAUUGUUGGUGUUGUUGUGACAGUCAACAGCGGUACCAUUGCUCUGGGGAGUUUUGUUAUCUUGCUAAUCUCCUACAGCAUUAUCCUGGUUUCCCUGAGAAAGCAGUCAGCAGAAGGCAGGCGCAAAGCCCUCUCCACCUGUGGCUCCCACAUUGCCGUGGUCAUUAUCUUUUUUGGCCCCUGUACUUUUAUGUACAUGCGUCCUGAUACUACCUUUUCAGAGGAUAAGAUGGUGGCUGUAUUUUACACCAUUAUCACUCCCAUGUUAAAUCCUCUGAUUUAUACGCUGAGAAAUGCAGAGGUAAAGAAUGCGAUGAAGAAACUUUGGGGCAGAAAUGUUUUCUUGGAGGCUAAAGGGAAAAAGUUGGACUUAAUAAUUUAA